AUGGGCUGCUUCCCGUGCUUCGGCUCCACGCGCGACGAGGAGCUCAAGUACUACAGCGCCAAGGGCCCCGGCGGAGGCAAUGGCGGCGUCGGGCGGGCGGCCGCGUCCUCGUCCACGUCCUCGACCGCUGCCGCUGGCGGUGGAGGCGGCCGGGCGGAGGAGGCCGUGGUGGCGCCGCCGCGCGUCGAGAGGGACCACGCAGGGGCUGACAAGGCGCGGGCCAAAGGCAAUGCUGGCUCGAAGAAGGAACUUUCAGUUCUCAGGGACGCCAGUGGCAAUGUCAUCUCUGCUCAGACCUUCACCUUCCGCCAGCUUGCAGCCGCAACAAAGAACUUCAGGGAUGAAUGCUUCAUUGGGGAGGGAGGGUUUGGGCGUGUUUACAAGGGCUGCCUUGACAUGGGCCAGGUUGUUGCUAUCAAACAGCUGAAUAGGGAUGGUAAUCAAGGAAACAAAGAGUUUCUAGUGGAAGUUCUUAUGCUUAGUUUGCUGCAUCAUCAAAACCUUGUCAAUUUGGUUGGUUAUUGUGCUGAUGGAGAUCAACGCCUUCUCGUGUAUGAGUACAUGCCACUUGGAUCAUUGGAGGACCAUUUGCAUGAUCUCCCUCCUGACAAGGAGCCCUUGGAUUGGAACACUAGGAUGAAAAUUGCUGCAGGUGCUGCUAAAGGGCUGGAGUACCUGCAUGACAAGGCACAGCCACCAGUUAUUUACAGGGAUUUCAAGUCAUCAAAUAUUCUAUUGGAUGAGGGCUUCCAUCCAAAGCUAUCAGACUUCGGUCUUGCUAAGUUGGGUCCUGUUGGUGACAAGUCUCAUAUCUCAACGCGUGUUAUGGGAACAUAUGGCUAUUGUGCUCCAGAAUAUGCUAUGACAGGACAACUUACAGUUAAGUCAGAUGUUUACAGCUUUGGAGUUGUCUUGCUUGAGUUGAUUACUGGCCGGAAGGCCAUUGACAGCACCAGACCAGCGUCAGAGCAAAACCUUGUGUCAUGGGCACGGCCCCUUUUCAAUGACAGGCGGAAGCUCCCAAAGAUGGCUGACCCGGGCCUGGAGGGGCGAUUCCCUACACGGGGGCUUUACCAGGCGCUUGCGGUGGCAUCAAUGUGCAUCCAGUCAGAGGCUGCAUCGCGCCCACUCAUUGCUGACGUUGUGACCGCUCUGUCAUACCUUGCAAACCAGAUUUAUGAUCCUAGCUUGGCGCACACAUCCAAGAAAGCAGGCAGCAGCGACCAGCGGAACCAGGUUGCUGACAGUGGAAGGGUUAUUUCCAAGAAUGACGAUGCAGGCAGCUCUGGCCACAGGUCGCCGAGCAAGGACCGGGCUGACUCCCCCAGAGAGCAGAUCCCAGGGGCCGCGAACAGGGGCCAGGACAGGGAGCGAAUGGUGGCCGAGGCAAAGAUGUGGGGCGAGAACUGGCGGGAGAAGCGGCGAGCUGCUCAGGGGAGCCUGGAUUCUCCGACCGGAGGUGGGUAG